AUGGACUCUCGUGCUGCUGGGAGCGUCCCUCGUAGAGGGCUACCUCCUCCAACACAGUUUACUCCCCGACUGGGCCUUUCGCAAUACCAGGGCAACCUCAACCACGCGCGCGUCCUCUUUGACGACCCCCGCGGUCGUCUCCCACUACGAUGGAUGAAAACCAUCCCCAACAAUGGUCUCAUCCACUUCCGCGACAUCUUCAACCGCAGCUUCCUGCUCGCCACGAACCACCAGGCCCUGCUGGAUAUCAUGAGCACUAACACCUACGAUUUUGAGAAGCCUUGGCGCACCCGCGAGUUCCUAGCAAGGAUCAUCGGCUUCGGGCUGAUUCUAUCCGAGGGCAGCGCACAUAAGAAGCAGCGUCGAGCUUUGACGCCAUCGUUUAACGUGCGGCAUAUUCGUGCGCUGUAUGGGCUAAUGUGGGAAAAGACGGGUUUGUUGAUGGAUGAGUUACAGAAGGAGAUGGAUGCGAAUGAGGGCUGUGUGGAGAUGAGUGUUUGGGCGAGUCGUCUUACGCUGGACAUCAUCGGUCCCGCCGCCAUGGGCCGCGACUUUCGAUCGCUCCACAACCCCGAGAACAAAGUCGCCGACAGCUUCCUCGCUAUCCUGGAGCCGACACGCGAGAAGAUCGCUUUCUUAGCAGUCAAUGUGCUCCUUCCGCAAUGGUUUGCGCGCAAACUGCCCUGGCGCCUGAACAAAGUCAUCGACACAGAAACAGGCUACCUCCGGGAUCUCUGCAAGGACAUUGUAGCAGAGAAGAGAGCCGCGAUACUCGAAACAAAAGCCACUGCUGCAGAACUAGAAGCUGAUAUUCUCGGUACGAUGAUGCUAGGUGGUGACUUUAGUGAUGAUGAGCUGGUUGAUCAGAUGUUGACCUUCCUGGCUGCUGGUCACGAAACAACCGCCAGCGCCUUCACCUGGGCCUGCUACCUCCUCACACUACACCCAACAUACCAGCCCCUCCUGCGAGACGAGAUCCGCUCUCGUAUCCCCACAGCAUCCUCCCCUAUCACCCACGCAGACCUCGAAUCCCUCCCCCUGCUAAACGGCAUCGUCCAGGAAGUCCUCCGACUGUAUCCUACUGUCCCGCUGACUCUCCGUGAAUCUAUCCGCGACACCACUGUCGCUAACACUGCCAUUCCCAAGGGGACGAGACUCCUUCUCUGCCCGUACGCUAUUAACCGUAGUCCGGAAUUCUGGGGCGAGGAUGCCGAUAUGUUCCGACCAGAGCGGUGGGUGGAUACAGAUAAGGAGGGAAAUCAGAUUGUGAAUGGACAUGGAGGGGCGGGGACGAAUUACGCUCAGAUCACAUUUUUGCAUGGGCAGAGGGCGUGUAUUGGGAAGGACUUCGCCAAGGCGGAGUUGAGAUGUUAUUCAUAUUGCUGGGGCGGUUACGACGAAGCCGGUAGAGGGGAUGCAUUUGAGGAUGAGGAGGGUGGAGGGGUGGUAGAUACUGUGGAUAUGGUGUGA